AUGAACACCGAUGUGUUACUGUUGUUUUUCUAUUGCAGUUUAGAAGUGCGCUAUCAGAAAGUAGUAAUGCGGGCACGUUUUGAUGCAAAUAAAGACGAGAAAGACAUCCGCAAGGCACAACUCCUUCUUGCUGAUGGAUGUCGUCAGGUUUGGGAAAAGAGACACUUCAAACCGAUGCGAUUUGCGCUCGAUCCCGGUGGCAGUUCAUAUGAUCGUGAACGAGAAUCCCCUGACGUGGUGAGUGCUUUUCGUUCACAGUUUUUUCUGCGUCGUCACUUCACUCUAACAGAUGUCCAUUUCUUACUGAAUUUCAAUGAUUUGCGGANUUCCCAUAUUAUUUCAAUAAACGAGAACAAAGAAAGAAAGAGUUAUUGGCGCACUGGUCGAAAAUCGAGAAGUCGUGGGAUGAUCAGCUGGCGUCCAUUCAAACAGAACUUCCGAAGUCAAAAAGUACCACCGCGCAAAAAUGAUUUUGUUGUAGUCAGCUUCGUUAUUUAG